ACGAGAAGCAACAAAGGUAUACAAUAAGGUUCCUAAGUUUAAUGGAGCAGUUACACGUCCUGCGUUAACAGAUCCUGGAACUCAAUGGAGAGCGUGAAAGGGGAAAAAUUCGAAAGACCGUCCGUCAAAAAGGAUGAGACUGGUUCCAACUUCAGAACUGUUUGAAGGGCUGGACAAAUUAGAAGAAAUUCUGAAUUAUGAGUUCCGCGACAAGAAUUAGCUACUGGAAGCGCUAACAUACUCAUGGAAGAUAGCAGUAUUUCGCCCUUGUUACGAGCGCUUCGAACACCUUGGGGACGCUUUCCUCGGAGGCUUGGCGGCUGAGAUGUGCUUUGACGCUUCACCGUUCUAUCCUCCAAGUGUCUUGUCUGAACUGAAAAACGUCUUGGUCUGCAACAACUCCUUAGGCGUUCUGACGGUGAAAUUCAAGUUUCACAAAUUCCUGAAACCUUUGCCAAGAGAAAUACAGACCUUAAUCGACACGUUCGCCAAGAAACAAAAGGCAAAUGGACAUAAAUUUCCUUCAGCAUAUUACGAGAUUGUGAAAUUGGGUAACCCCCCUGAAGACUAUGCUGCGAUUAAUGUUCCUCCCGAUGUCCUAGGAGACAUUUUCAAGUCGAUCGCGGGAGCAGUUUAUAAAGAUUCAAACUAUUCGAUGACAACUUUCAGAAUUGUUAUGACCCCGUUCCUCAACUACACUUUUGUCAAAGCAAAGUCUGGAUCUUCCGAAGUCAUAAAGAGAAUCAAAGGUGUCUGAUUUGAUUUAAAUACAGCUUAACAGUUG